AUGUGCCGCAUGGUGAUCUUCAGCGGCAAAUGUAUACGUUGCGGCUCCUACUACACCAUCCCCGAGCUCGAGCAGCGCAUUUCCUGCCUCGAGGCCAAGAACAACGGCGGCUUCGGAGACUGCCACAAGGGCGUCAACUACGAUCAGCACGACCCGGCGUUGGAGUGUGGCCCUUGCAGCGCCGCGAUGGGGAUGGGGGACGGAAACAGUGAUGAGCUCGUCGCC